AUGAUCCUAUUAUGCCAGGUGUCUUGGUGCCCGCAGUCUUGCCAGAUGACUCGAUGCCCGCUCUUCCACCAGAUGACUCGAUGCCCACUGUUCCACCAGAUGACGUCUUGCCAGAUGACUCGGUGCCCGCGGCCUUGCCAGAUGACUUGGUGCCCGCAGUCUUGCCAGACGAUCCAAUGCCUGAUGACCCAGUGCCCGCUGUCAUGCCUGGUGACCCGAUGCCCACUGUCGUGCCAGUUGACUCAGAACCAGCUGUCAUGCCUGGUGACUUGGUGCCCACUGCCUUGCCAGAUGAUUCGGUGCCCGCGGUCGAGCAAGACGAUCCAAUGUCUGAUGACCCGG